CUUACCUUAUCCAUCACAUUUUCUCAUCUGUAUUUCGUUCUCUUCUCUUCGCCGGGUACAUCGUCUUUCACUUCACUCUAGUCGUCUAAUAGCUAAUUGCAUCUUGCAUUUUCCUGAUCGUUGGCGCACAUACGAUGUCUCGGAGCACGAUAAUACCUACAUUCUUUAGAUCUUCGCUACUUUCAAGAAGACACUGCGCAAGUGUGCUACGCCCUCCAAACCUCCUAGGAUCGAUUUCCCGCGUGUACGAGCCGAGCGCAGCUGCUGGUCGGAUUGGCAUACACCCAAACUUGUCGCAUCUUUCACUUCCUGCGUUCGCACUUCGAGCUUUCUCAACCAGUCCUGCAAAAAAUUCAACACCCGCACCAUUCACAUACUCGAUCUCCGCAUCAUACUCAGACAAGAGGCAAAAUUUAGACCUUUCACGAAACAUUUUCUCGUUUGACCCAAGCUCAAGAAAAUCAAGCGCAUCUGCUCAUGCGGAGGCCGAGGAGCCUAGACCCCGGGUUCAAAGCGGCCAGGACGCUUUCUUCAUAAGUUCAAUCGGUGAGACAAACAACGUGGCUUUUGGUGUAGUAGACGGUGUGGGCGGCUGGGAAGAGUCUGGUGUCGACCCUGCCGAUUUUGCCCACUCGUUGUGCGAUUACAUGGCAGACGCAGCGCUACGUUAUCCACAUGGCUUCGACAAGGUUUCAAGAGGCCAGCUACUACAGCCGGUAGACCUACUAGACAUUGGCUAUGACCAAGUCAUGGCGGAUCCAGCCAUUCCUGCAGGAGGUUGCACUGCGUGCAUAGCGACAGCAUCGUCGAAUGGUCUCCUCAACGUUGCAAACCUCGGAGACUCGGGAUAUAUACAUCUUUCGCCCUUUCGGCUCAACUUCCUUUCCCCUGCGCAAACUCACCGCUUCAACACCCCAUUCCAGCUGUCCAAAUUGCCUAAGAAGAUGCUUGAGCAGGUCGCAUUGUUUGGUGGUGCAAAGCCAUACUCAGAAGUUCCGUCCGAUUCGGCACUCACGCAACAAACCCUCGAACAUGGCGAUGUGCUUGUAUUUGCGACUGAUGGCGUGUGGGACAACCUUUCUGCAGAGGACGCAUUGCGUCUAGUUACCCGCAUAAUGGUGCAAUUAAAGGCGUGGGUUCUCCCUGAAGAGGGAGCGCCAGGCGUGAGCCCAGACUUUGUGGACAUUGUGCGAAAUGCUACGCUUAAGGUUCCGGCCAGCCCUGGCAGUGCAAGCGCUGAUGCUAGUGUGAAGGGAUUGAGCGCGGUAUUGGCAACUGCAAUCACACACGAGGCGAAGGCAGCGAGCUUAGAUACGAAGCGCGACGGGCCAUUCGCGAAGGAGGUUCAGAGGCUCUAUCCAGACGAAAACUGGAAAGGAGGAAAGGCGGACGACAUAUGUACUAUCGUGGCCGUGGUGACGCAAGAAGGAAGGUGAAUACGGCUUGUUUCAAAAAAGAGGAAAAACCUUCUCAUUAGGCCGUGAUGCUCGGGUUGUUGGUUGAUUGGCAUACAUACAUACGUACAUACAUAUACACGUUAGACGGGCAACAGCUUCGUAACUUGGCGGGAAAGAGCGUGGUGUUUGGACAGAGUACGGAGUUUUUCUUCAGCAGCUCUUUGCUGAGCUUGUACAUCAUGUAUUGGCUUGUGUCGGCUGGGGGGACCAGGGUUUGCUGCAGCGUCAGGAUGCUUGCGACUCGUGGUAUUCUUACGCUACGAUCAUUCGAGUACUGAUUUGCUUACGCGGAACCAAUAUGUCGGGUAUCAAUCGUCCCUAUUUCGUACCUCCGGCGGUCAAUAGUACGAAUUGAAAUGGCUUGCCGUGAAA